AUUAUAUAAUAAUAAUAUGUGUGUAUAUAUAAUAACACACUAAACGUCGACAUCGCAUACUUCCUUCAAGCAUUUGGCUUCUUUAGCUCUCAUAAACUUCAUACCCAUUCAACACUUGUCCUUCUAAUCAUUUUACUCAAUUGAAGACCAUUUUGUUUUUCUUUUUCUGAGUGUUUUUUUUCUUGAGGGGGCAACGGAAAAAAGAAUGGGAAGAGCACCAUGUUGUGAGAAAAUGGGGGUGAAGAGAGGACCAUGGACUCCUGAAGAAGAUCAAAUCUUGAUCAAUUAUAUUCAUCUUUAUGGUCAUUCUAAUUGGCGAGCUCUCCCAAAACACGCAGGUUUACUUAGAUGUGGGAAAAGUUGCAGACUUCGUUGGAUCAAUUAUCUUAGACCAGACAUUAAACGUGGCAAUUUCACUCCUCAAGAAGAACAAACUAUUAUCAAUCUGCAUGAAAGCUUAGGCAACAGAUGGUCUGCGAUUGCUGCAAAAUUGCCGGGACGAACCGACAAUGAAAUAAAAAAUGUUUGGCACACUCAUUUGAAGAAAAGACUCAGCAAAAAUCUAAACAAUGGCGGAGACACCAAAGACGUUAACGGAAUUAACGAGACCACAAAUGAAGACAAAGGAUCUGUGAUAGUCGACACAGCCUCUUUACAACAAUUUUCUAAUAGUAUUACAACAUUUGAUAUUUCAAAUGAUAACAAGGACGAUAUUAUGUCGUACGAGGAUAUUUCUGCCUUGAUAGAUGAUAGUUUUUGGUCGGACGUCAUAUCGGUAGAUAAUUCGAAUAAGAAUGAGAAGAAGAUAGAGGAUUGGGAAGGAUUGAUCGAUAGAAAUAGUAAAAAAUGUAGCUAUAGUAAUUCUAAGUUGUAUAAUGAUGACAUGGAGUUUUGGUUUGAUGUUUUCACUAGUAAUCGUAGAAUUGAGGAAUUUUCCGACAUACCCGAGUUUUAAUUUUGAUUUUGAUUUUGUGUUGUUUUUGUCGUUAAGACUUUGAAAGUCUUUUUGUAAUCCAAAUGAAUAAAUUCCUUUUCUUUUUCUUCCUCUCUGUCUAUGUUUGUAGACUUUUGAGAUUGCAU